GUGGUGAGCAGUAAAUACUUCAACAGAGGGAUCAUGAUCUCAAUCCUCAUCAACACUCUCAGUAUGGGGAUAGAGUUUCACCAACAGGUAUUGGGGACUGGGGUGGGGGGGGUUGGGGGGGGGGGGGGGGGUUUAGUGUUGUUGUUCUUUGUGUGUGUGUGUAAUCAGAAGUUGUGUGUUUGUGUGUGUGUGUAAUCAGAAGUUGUGUGUGUGUGUGUGUGUGUAAUCAGAAGUUGUGUGUUUGUGUGUGGUGUGGUAAUCAGAAGUUGUGUGUGUGUGUGUGUGUAAUCAGAAGUUGUGUGUGUGUGUGGAAUCAGAAGUUGUGUGGGUAAUCAUGUGAUUUUAUGGACGGAUUAACAAGCUCCUAAUCAACACCCUGAUGAGGCUAGCAGCUGUACCCUCAGAGUGUGUGUUCUCAGUGUGUAUGCUGGUGUGUGUUCUGUGUGUGUGUGUGUGGUGUUCUCAGUGUGUAUGCUGGUGUGUGUUCUGUGUGUGUGUGUGUGUGUGUUCUCAGUACGUGUGUGUACGUGUGUUCUGUGUCGGUGAUGGGCUCUUUUCCCCUGUGUGUGUGUGAGGCGGGGGGGGGGGGGGGGGGUUUACAGGGCUUGAGGUGUUAAUUAAAGUGUGAGAGGAGGGGAUAGAGUGUGUGUGUGUGUUCAUGCAUAUUCUCGGUGCGUCUGUGUUUUCCUAGUGUCGGCGUCAGCAGUCUGACCCCAUAGAAACGGUUCAGCGUGAUGCCGGUAGGAGACAGUAUCUGUUCUGACCUCUACUCACCCUAGAGACUGGAGAAUUACAACUAUCCCCCACCCCCCUGGAACCCAAAUCCUCAUCACCAACUGGCCCUAUAGACUGGAGAAUUACAACUAGCCUAGAACCCAAAUCCUCAUCACCAAAAACUAGCCCUAUAGGACUGGAGAUUACAACAUGCCUGGAACCCAAAUCCCAUCACCAACUGGCCCUAUAAGACUGGAGAAUUACAACUAGUCCUAGAACCCAAAUCCUCAUCACCAACUGGCCCUAUAUACCUGGAGAAUGACAACUAGCCGGGCACCCAAAUCCGCAUCACCAAUCUGGCCCUAUAGACUGUAGAUUUACACUAGCCUAGCACCCAAAUCCUCAUCACCAACCUGGCCCUCAUAGACUGGAGAUUACAACUAGCCUAGAACCCAAAUCCUCUCACCAACUUGCCCUAUAGACUGGAAAUUACACUAGCCUAGACCAAAUCCUCAUCACCAACUGGCCCUAUAGACUGGAGAAUUACAACUAGCCUGGGGAAACCAAAAUCCUCGUAUCACCAACUGGCCCUUAGACUGAGAGAAUUACAACUAGCCUAGAACCCAAAUCCUCUCACCAACUGGGCACCCUAUAGACCUGGAGAAUUAACAACUCGCCUAGAACCCAAAUCCUCACCCAACUGGCCCUAGAGACUGGAGAUACCAACUAGCCUAGAACCCAAAUCCUCAUCACCUAACGGCCCUAUAGACUGAAAGUACAACUACCUGGACCCCCAAGCCCUCAUCACCAACGGGCCCUAUAGACUGGAGAUUACAACUAGCCUAGAACGCCAAAUCCCUCAUCACACUGGCCCUAUAGACUGGAGAAUUUACAACUAGCCAGAACCCACCAAUCCUCAUCACCAACGGGCCCUAUAGACCUGAAAUUUACAACUAGCCUGGAACCCAAAUCCUCAUCACCAACUGCCUAGAGACUGGAGAAUUACAACUAGCCUGGAACCCAAUCCUCAGCACCAACUGCCCUAUAGACUGGUGGAGAAUUACAACUAGCCUAGAACCCCAAUACUCAUCACCAACUGGCCGAUAGACUGGGAAUUACAAACUAGCCUAGAACCCGAAAAUCCCCUCAUCACCAACUGGCCCUAGAGACUGGAGAAUUAACACCCUACCUAGAACCCAAUACCCCUCAUCACCAACUGGCCCUAUAGACUGGAGAAUUACAACAACUAGCCUAUAACCAAAUCCUCAUCAUCAACCACUGGCCUAAUACUGGAGAAUUACAACAUCGCCUAGAACCGCAAUCCUCAUCAUCACCAACUGGGCCCUAUAGACUGGAUAAUUACACCUAGCCUAGAACCCAAUCCUCAUCACCAACUGGCCCUAAUACGACUGGAGAUUACAACAUCCUAGACGCAAAUCCCUCAUCACCAAACUGCCCCCUAUAGACUGGAGAAUUACAACUAGCCUAGAAACCCAAACAAAUCCUCAAUCACCCCACUGCCCUAUAGACUGGAGAAAUUACAAAACUAGCCUAGACCCGAAUCCCUCAUACACCAAGUGCCCUAUAGACUGGAGAAUUAACCACUAGCCUAGAAAACCCAAAUCCUCCUCAUCAACCAACUGGCCCCUAUAGACUGGAGAAUUACAACUAGCAGAACCCCAAUCCUCAUCACCAACUGGCCCUAUACUGGAGAAUUACAACUAGCCUAACACCCAAAUCCUCAUCCACCAACUGACCCCUAUAGACUGGAGAAGUACAACUAGCCUAGAACCCAAAUCCCAAUCCGAUCACAACUGGCCCUAUAAUACUGGAGAUUACAACUAGCCUAGAACCCAACUCCUCAUCACCACUGGCCCUAGAGACUGGAGAAUUUACAACUAGCCUAAACCCAAAUUCCUCAUCACCAACGGGCCCUUAGACUGGAGAAUUACAACUAGCCUGGAACCCAAAUCCGCAGCACCACUGGCCCUUAGAGACUGGAGAUUACAGCUCUUAGUUGCCCUGGAAACCCAAAUCCUCAUCACCAACGGGCCCUAUAGACUGGAGAAUUACACUGCCUAGAACCCAAAUCCUCAUCACCAACUGGCCCAUGACUGGAGAAGUACAACUAGCCUAGACCCCAAAUCCUCAUCACCAACUGGCCCUAUAGACUGGCGAAAUACCACUAAGCCUGGAACCCAAAUCCUCCUCAUCACCAACUGGCCCUAUAGACUGGAGAAUACAACUAGCCUAAACCCAAAUCCUCAGUCACCAACUGGCGCCUAUAACUGGAUACUUACAACUAGCCUAUAACCCAAUCCUCAUCACCAACUGGCCCUAUAGACUGGAUAAUUACAACUCAUCCUAGAACCCCAAUCCAAUCCUCAUCACCACUGGCCUAUGAGACUGGAGAUUACCACUAGCCAGAAACCCAAAUCCAAAUCCUCAUCACCAACGAACCUAUAGACUGGAGAAUUACACUAUCCUAGACCCACAUCCUCAUCACCAACUGGCCCUAUAGACGGGAGAAUACAACUAGCCUAGACCCAAUCCUCAUCACCAACUGGCCCUAUAGACUGGAGAAUUACAACUAGCCUGACCCAAAAUCCUCCUCAAACCAAACUGGCCCUAUAGACUGGAGAUUACACUAGCCUAAACCCAAUCCUCAGUCACCAACUGGCCCUAUAGACUGAUAAUUACAACUGCCUGGACCCAAAUCCUCAUCACCCACUGGCCCUAUAGACUGUAGAAUUACAACUAGCCGAGAACCCCAAAGCCUCAUCACCAACUGCCCUAGAGGACUGGAGAAUUACAACUAGCCAGAAACCAAAUCCUCAUACCACUGGCCCUAAUAGACUGUAGAAUUACAACAGCCUAGAACCCAAAUCCUCAUCACCAACUGGGCCCUAUAGACUGAGAAUUAACAACUAGCCUAGACCCAAAUCCAAUUCCUCAUCACCAACUGGCCCGAUAGACUGGAGAAUUACAACUAGCCGGAACCCAAAUCCUCAUCACAACUUGCCCGAGAGACUGGAGAAUUACAAACUACCUGGACCCCAAUCCUCAUCCCAACUGCCCUAUAGACUGGAGAAUUACAACUAGCCUAUAACCCAAAUCCUCAUCACCAACUGGCCCUAUAGACUGGAGAAGUCCAACUAGCCUAGAAGAACCCAAAUCCUCAUCACCCACUGCCCUAUAGACUGUAGAAUACAACUAUCCUGGAAACCAAAUCCUCAUCCACCAACUGGCCCCUAUAACUGGAAGAAUUACAACUAGCCAGACCCCCAACUCCUCAUCACCAACUGCCCUAUAGACGGGAAAUUACAAUCUAGCCUAGAACCCAAAUCCUCAUCACACUGGCCCUAUAGCUGGAGAUUACAACUCCCUGAACCCAAAUCCUCAAUCAACCAACUCUGGCCCUAUAGACUGGAGAAUUACAACUAGCCUAGAACCCCAAAUCCUCAUCCCAACUGACCCUAUAGACUGGGAGAAAUUACAACUAGCCUAGAACCCAAAUCCUCAUCAACCAACUGGCCCCUAUAUACUGGAGAAUUACAACUAGCCCUUAGAACCCAAAUCUCAUCACCACCUGGCCCUAGUAUACUGGAAGAAUUCCAACUAGCCUUGAAACCCAAAUCCCAUCACCAACUGGCCCUAUAGAGACCUGUAGAAUUACAACUAGCCUAAAAAACCCCAAAUCCCUCAUCACCAACUGGCCCCUAUAGACUGCGUGGAGAUUUACACUACCUGAACCACCCCAAAUCCUCAUCACCAAACUGGCCCUAUAGACUGAUAAUUACACUAGCCUAGAACCCAACUCCCUCAUCACCAACUGGCCCUAUAGACUGGAGAAUUACAACUAGCCUAGAACCCCAAAUCCUCAUCACCACUGGGCCCUAUAGACUGGAGAUACAACUAGCCUGGAACCCAAAUCCUCAUCACCAACUGCCCGAUAACCUGAAAUUACAAAACUAGCCUAGAACCCAAAUCCUCAUCACCAACCUGGCCCUAUAUACUGGAGAUUUACAACUAGCCUGGAACCCAAAUCCUCAUCACCAACUGGCCCUAUGACCUGGAGAUUCAACUAGCCUAACCCAAAGCCUCAUCACCAACUUGGCCUAAUAGACUGGGAGACUACAGAACUAUCCUAGAACCCAAAUCCUCAAUCACCAACUGGCCCUAUAGACUGGAGAAUACAACUAGCCUGGACCCAAAUCCUCAUCACCAACUGCCCUAGGACUGGAGAAAUUACCUUACAACUAGCCCCUGGACCCCAUCCUCAUCACCAACUGAACCCAUAGACUGGAGAUUACAACUAGCCUAGAACCCAACUCCUCCUCAUCAACCACUGGCCCAUAUAAGACUGAAGAAUUUACAACUGCCUGGAACCCAAUCCUCAUCACCACACUGACCCUUAGACUGAGAAUUACAAGUUCAAGCCGAGAACCCAAAUCCUCAUCACCAACUGGCCCUAUGACCUGGGAGAAUUACAACUAGCCUAGAACCCAAACCUCAUCACCACACUGCCCUAUAGCCUGGAGAAUUACCACUAGCCUGGAACCAAAUCCUCAUCACCAACUGGCCCUAUAGCCUGGAAAUUAACAACUAGCCUAGAACCCAAAACCUGCAUCACAAACGGCCCUAUAGACUGGAGAAAUUACAACUACCUAGAACCCAAAUCCUCAAAUCACCAACUGGGCCCUUCAUAGCCUGGAGAUUACAACUAGCCGGACACCAAAGCCCUCAUCACCACCUGGCCCUAUAGACUGGAGAAUUACCACUAAGCCUUGAACCCCAAAUCCUCAUCACAAACUGGCCCUAUAGACUGAGAAUUACAACCUAGCCUGGAACCCAAAUCCUAUCACCUUCAACUGGCCAUAUUAGACUGAGAAUUACAACUAGCCUGGAACCCAAAUCCUCAAUCACCACUGGCCCUAUAGACUGGAGAAUUUACAACUACCUAACCCAAUCCUCACAUCACCACUGUCCAAUAGACUGGAGAAUUCCAAACUAGCCUGGAACCCAAAUCCUCAUCACCAACUGGCCCUAAUAACUUGAGAUUACAACGAGCCUGAACCCCAAAUCCUAUCACCAACUGGCCCCUAUAGACUGGAGAAAUUACAACUAGCCUAGAACCCCAAAUCCGUCAUCACCAACCUGCCCUAUAGACGGAGAAUUACAACUAGCCUGGAACCCAAAUCCCAAUCACCAACUGGCCCUAUAGACUGGAGAAUUACAACUACCAGAACCCAAAUCCUCAUCACCAACUGGCCCUGACUGGUAGAAUUCACUAACCGAACCAAAUCCUCAUCACCAACGGCCCUAUAGUGGAGAAUUAACAACAGCCUAGAACCCAAACCUCAUCAUCCAACUGGCCCCUAUAGACUGAGAAUUACAACUAGCCCUGGAACCCAAUCCCUCAUCACCAACUGGCCCUAAGAUGGAGAAUUCACUACCUAGAACCCAAUCCUCAUCACCAACUGGCCCUAUAACUGGAGAUACAACUAACCUGGAACCCAAAUCCUCAUCACCCACUGGCCCUAUAGACUGGAGAAUUACAAUAGCCUAAACCCAAAUCCUCAUCACCAACUGGCCCUAUAGACUGGAGAUUACAACUAGCCGAGACCCAAAGUCCCUCAUCAUCAACCACUGACCCCUAUAGACUGGAGAAUUCAACUAUCCUAGAACCCAAAUCCUCAUCCCCAACGAGGCCUAUAGACUGAGGAAUUACAACUAGCCUAGAACCCAAAUCCCUCAUCACCAACUGGCCCUAUAGACUGGAGAAUUACAACUAGCCUGGAACGCCAUCCUCAUCACCACUGGCCCUAUAGACUGGAGAAUUACAACUAGCUAGAAACCCAAAUCCUCCUCAUCCCCCCAACUGGCGCCUAUAGACUGGGAUAAUUACAACUAGCCGGAACCCAAUCCCUCAUCACACCAACUGGCCUAUAGACUGAGAAUUAACAUACAACUAGCUGGACCCCAAAUCUCAUCACCAACUGGCCCUAUAGACUGGAGAAUUACAACUAGCCUGGAACCCAAAUCCUCAUCACACUUGGCCCUAUAGACUGGAGAAUUACACUAGCCUAACCCCAAAUCCUCAACCAACUGGCCCUAUAUACCUGGAAUAAUUAGCUAAACUAGCCUAGAACCCAAAUCCUCAUCACCAAAAACGGCCCUAGAGACUGGAGAAUUACAACUAGCCUAGAACCCAAAUCCUCAUCACCAACUGACCCUAUAGACUGGAGAAUUACAACUAGCCUAGAACCCAAAUCCUCAUCACCAACUGGCCCUAUAGACUGGAGAAUUACAACUAGCCUAGAACCCAAAUCCUCAUCAACCACUUACUGGCCCUAUAGACUGGAGAAUUACAACUAGCCUAGAACCCAAAUCCUCAUCACCAACUGGCCCUAUAGACUGGAGAAUUACAACUAGCCUAGAACCCAAAUCCUCAUCACCAACUGGCCCUAUAGACUGGAGAAUUACAACUAGCCUGGAACCCAAAUCCUCAUCACCAACUGGCCCUAUAGACUGGAGAAUUACAACUAGCCUAGAACCCAAAUCCUCAUCACCAACUGGCCCUAUAGAUGGAGAAUUACACCUACCUAGAACCCAAAUCCCUCAUCACCAACUGUCCCUAUAAAACCUUGAGAAAUUCAACUAGCCUAGAACCCAAUCCUUCAUCACCAAUGGCCCUAUAGACUGAGAAUUCAACUAGCCGAGAACCCAAAUCCUCAUCACCAACUGGCCCUAGAGACUGGAGAAUUACAACUAGCCUAGAACCCAAAUCCUCAUCACCAACUGGCCCUAUCGGACUGGAAAUUACACUAGCCUAGAACCCAAUCCUCAUCCACCAACGGCGCCUAUAGACUGGAGAAUUACAAAAACUACCUAUAACCCAAAUCCUCAUCACCAACGGCCCUAUAGACUGGAAGAAUUAAAAACACUAGCCUAGAACCCAAAUCCUCAUCACCCACUGGCCCUAUAGACUGGAGAAUUACAACUAGCCUAGAACCCAAAUCCUCAUCACCAACUGGCCCUAUAGACUGGAGAAUUACAACUAGCCUAGAACCCAAAUCCUCAUCACCAACUGGCCCUAUAGACUGUAGAAUUAACAACUAGCCUAGAACCAAUCCUCAUCAACCACUGGCCCUAUAGACUUGCGAAUUAACAACUAGCCUAGAACCCACAAAAAAAAAAUCCUCAUCACCAACUGGCCCUAUAGACUGGAGAAUUAACAACUAGCCUGGAACCGCAAAUCCUCAUCACCAACUGCCCUAUAGACUGGAGAAUUACCACUAGCCUAGAACCCCAAUCCCAUCACCAAACUGGCCCCUAUAGACUGGGAAUUACAACUAGCCUGGAACGCAAUCCUCAAUCACCAACUGGCCCCUAUAGACUGGAGAAUUACAACUAGGCCUAUAACCCAAAUCCUCAUCACCACUGGCCCUAUAGACUGGAGAAUUUACAACUUACCUAGAACCCAAAUCCUCAUCACCACACUGGGCCCUAUAGACCUGGAGAAUUACAACUAGCCUGGAACCCAAAUCCUCAUACCAACUGCCCUAUAGACGGGAUAAUUAACAACUAGCCUGGAACCCAAAUCCUCUACAACACCAACUGCCCUAUAGACUGGAGAAUUACAACUACCUAGAACCCCAAUCCUCAUAUCACCACGGCCCUAUAGACCUGGAGAUUACAACUAUCCUAUACCCAAAUUCCUAUCACAACUGGCCCUAUAGACUGGAGAAUUACAACCUAGCCUGGACCCCAAAUCCUCAUCACCACUGGGCCCUAUAACUGGAGAAUUACACUACCUGAACCCAAUCCUCUCUCAUCCCCCCAAUGGCCCUAUAGACUGGAGAAUGACAACUAGCCUAGACCCAAUCCUCAUCACAAACUGGCCCUAUAGACUGGAGAAUUACCCAGCCUGGAACCCAAAUCCUCAUCCACCAACUGGCCCUAUAGACUGGAUAAUUACAAAGCAACUAGCCUAGAACCCAAAUCCUCAGCACCAACUGCCCUAUAGACUGGAGAAUUACAACUAGCCUGAACCCAAAUCCUCACACCACUGGCCCUAUAGACUGGAGAAUUACAACUAGCCUAAACCCAAAAUCCUCAUCACCAUCUUGCCCUAUAGACUGGAUAAUUAAACUAGCCUGGAACCCAAAUCCUCAAUCACACCACUGGCCCUAUGACUGGAGAUUACAACUACCUAGAACACAAAUCCUCAUCACCAACUGGCCUAUCGACUGAGAAUUACAACUAGCCUGUAACCCAAAUCCUCAUCACCAAACUGCCCUGAGACUGGAGACUACAACUAGCCCUAGAACCCAAAUCCUCAUCACCAACUGGCCCUAUAGAGGGAGAUUACACCUAGCCUAUAACCCAAAUCCUCAUCAACCAACUGGCCCUAUAUCUGGAGUAUUACAAACUAGCCUGGAACCCAAUCCUCAAUCACCACCUGGCCCUAUAGAUUAGAAUUACAACUACCUAGAACCCCAAUCCUCAUCACCAACUGGCCCUAUAGACUGGAGAAUUACAACUAGCCUGGAACCCCCAAUCCUCAUCACAACUGGCCCUAUAGACUGGAAAUUACAAACUCGCCUAGAACCCCAAAUCCUCAUCACCAACUGGCCCUUAUAGACUGGAGAAUUACCUACCUAGACCCCAAAUCCUCAUCACCAACUGGCCCUAUAGACUGGAGAACUACAACUGCCUGGAACCCAAAUCCUCAUCCCAACGGGGCCCUAUAGCUGGAGAAUUACAACUAGCCUAGAACCCAAAUCCUCGAUCAAUCACCGCAACUGGCCUAUAGACUGGAGAAUUACAACUAAUCCUAGAACCCAAUCCUCAUCACCAACUGGCCCUAUAGACUGGAGAAUUACAAACUAGCCAGAACCCAAAUCCUCAUCACCAACGGCCCUAUAGACUGGAGAUUACAACUACCUAGAACCCAAAUCCUCAAUCACAUAUCAACACCCACCUGGCCCUAUAGACGGAGAAAAUACAAACUAGCCUAAACCAAAUCCUCCUCACCGACUGCCCGUAUAGACUGGAGACUUCACAACUAACCUGAACCCAAAAUCCUCAUCCCCAACGUCCGCAUAGCUGGAGGAAUUACAACUAUCCUAGAACCAAUCCCUCAUCACCAACCUGGCCCUAUAGACUGGAGAAUUACAACUACCUAGAACCGCAAAUCCUCAUCACCAACUGGCCCUUAGACUGGAAUUAACAUAGCGCCUAGACCAAAUCCUCAUCACCAACUGCCCUAUAGACUGUAGAAUUACAACUACCUAGAACCCAAAUCCUCAUCACCAACUACGCCUAUAGACUGGAGAAUUACAGCUAUUCCUGAACCCAAAUCCUCAUCACCCACUGGCCCUAUAGACUGGAGAAUUACAACUAGCCUGGAAACCCAAAUCCUCAUCACCAACGACCCUUGACUUGAGAAUUACAACUAGCCUCGAACCCAACCUCAUCACCAACGGGCCCUAUAGAGACUGGAGAAUUAACAACUCGCCGAAACCCAAAUCCUCAUCACCAACUGGCCCUAUAGACUGGAGAAUUACAACUAGCCUAGAACCCAAAUCCUCAUCACCAACUGGCCCUAUAGACUGGAGAAUUACAACUAGCCUAGAACCCAAUCGGAAGAGAAAGCGCAUCACAACGGGCCCUAUGGACUGGAAGAAUUACACUACCUAGAACCCUUAAAUUCCUAUCCUCAUCACCACUGGCCCAUAGACUGGAUAAUUAACAACUAGCCCUAGAACGCAAAUCCUCAUCACCAACUGCCCUAUAACUGGGAAUUACAACUAGCCAGAACCCAAUCCUCAUCACCAACUUUGCCCUAUAGCCUGGAGAAUUUAACAAACUAGCCUAAAGAACCACAAAUCCUCAAUCACCAACUGCCCGAUAGACUGGAGAAUUACAACUAGCCUGAACCCAAAUCCUCAUCACCAACUGACCCUAUAGACUGGAGAAUUACAACUAGCCUAGAACCCAAAUCCAUAGUAUAUAUAUAACUAUAUAGUAAUAAUAUAUAUAUUAAUAAUAAUAUAUAUAGUAACUAUAUAUACAACUAUAUAGUAGUACUGCCACACUGCAGACAUAUAACCCAGACACAGUAUACUGUCUCCUACUGGCCACACUGCAGACAUAUAACCCAGACACAGUAUACUGUCUCCUACUGGCCACACUGCAGUACUACUAUAACCCAGACACAGUAAUACUGCACUCCUACUGGCCACACUGCCGACAUAGAACCCAGUACAACAGUAUACUGUCUCCUAACUGGCCAACCUGCGACAUCUAACCCAGCACAGUAUACUGUCCUCCUACUGGCCACACUCAGUACUACUAACCCGACCACAGUAUACUGUCUCCUCCUGUCCACACUGCCGACAUAAACCCAUACACAGUAUACUUCUCCUACGGCACACUGCAGUACUCCUGAUAAACCCAGAACACACAGUAUACUGUCUCCCUACUCUUGGCCCACACUGCAGUACUACUAUAACCCAGACAUACAGUAUACUUCUCCUCGGCCACACUGCGUACUGCUAAACCCAGACACAGUAUACUGUCUCCUACUGGCCACACUGCGGUACCACUAUACCCAGAACACAGUAUACGUCUCCUACUGGCCGACACGGCAUAUACGAUACCCAGACACAGUAUACUGUCUCCGUACUGCCCACUGCGGUACAACAUAACCCAGACCGUAACUGUCUCCUACUGGCCCCACACUGCAGUACCACUAUAAACCCAGACACAGUCUACUGUCUCCUACUGGCCACACUGCAGUACUACUAUAACCCAGACACAGUAUACUGUCUCCUACUGGCCACACUGCAGUACCACUAUAACCCAGACACAGUAUACUGUCUCCUACUGGCCACACUGCAGUACUACUAUAACCCAGACACAGUAUACUGUCUCCUACUGGCCACACUGCGGUACUACUAUAACCCAGACACAGUAUACUGUCUCCUACUGGCCACACUGCAGUACCACUAUAACCCAGACACAGUAUACUGUCUCCUACUGGCCCACUGCAGUAACACUAUAACCCAGACACAGUAUACUGUCUCCUACGGCCAGACACUGCCAUUACUACUAUAACCCAGACACGUACUACUGUCCUCCUACAGCCACACUGCAGUAUACCACUAUCAACCCAUACACAGUCUACUGUCCCCCUACUGGCCACACACGCCGUACUACUAUAACCCAGACAACAGAUACUGCCUCCUACUGGCCACUGCCUAUAACUAAACCCAACACAGUAUACUGGUCUCCUACUGGCCACACUGCAUACCCCUAUAACCCAGACACAUUAACUGUCUCCUACUUGCCACACACUGCCAGCAACAUAUAACCCAGUCACAGUAUACUGUCCCCCCUACUGGCCCACUGCAUUACUCUCAAUACCCAGACACAGUAUACUGUCCUACCACUACUGGCCACACUGGCAGUCUACAUAACCCAUACCCAGAGACACAAGUAUAAGUCUCCUCUCUGGCCACACUGCGGUACCACACUAUAACCCAACCAGUAAUACUGUCCUCCUACUGAGCAACCACCUGCAGUACGAACUAUAACCCAGACACAGUAAAUAUACUGUCUCCUACUGGGCCACACUGCAGUACUACUAUAACGCCAGACACCAGUAUACUGUCUCCUACUGGCCCGACUGCAGUACUCUAUACCAGACAACAGUAUCUGUCUCCCUACUGGCCACACUGCAUACUAUAAUAUACCCAGACACAGUAUACUGUCCCUACUGGCCACACUGCAGUACCCUUAACCCAGACACAGUAUACUGUCUCCUACUGGCCAACCCUGCAGUACCCACUAUAAUAACCCGACACAGUAAACUGUCUCCUACGGCCACACUGCGGUACACUAUAACCCAGCACACAGUAUACUGUCUCCUACUUGCCACAACUGCAGUAACUACUAUAACCCCAGACACGUACUGUCCCUACUGGCCCACACUGCGUACUACUAUAACCCAGCACAGUAAUACUGUCUCCUACUGCCACACUGCAGUACUACUAUAAACCCAGACACAGUAUAACUGGCUCCUACUGCCAGACUGCAGUACCACUAUAACCCAGACAACAGUUAUACUGUCUUCUUUCGUACUGCCACACUGCGUACUUACUAUAACCCCAGACACAGUAUACUGUCUCCUACUGGCCGACUGUAACUGCAGUACCACUUAACCCUACACAGUAUACUGUCUCCUUACUGGCCACACUGCAGUACUUACUAUAACCGCAACACCAGUAUACUGUCUCCUACGGCCACAACUGCAUUACUACUAGUAACCCGACACAGUAUACUGUCUCCUAUUGCCACACUGCAGUAAACCACUAUAAAACCCAGACACAAUAAUACUUCCUCCUACUGGACACACUGGCAGACAUAUCACCAGCAACAGUAUACUGUUCUCCUACUGGCCACACUUCGGUCAGCUACUAAAAAAUAACCCAAACACAGUAGACUGUCGCCUAUGGCCACACGUGCAGUACUUAUUUAACCCGGACACAAGUAUACUGGUCCCUACUGGCCACACUGCGUAUUACUAUAACCCGACACAGUAUACUGUCUUCCUACUGCUGCCACCCUCAGUAUUAACUAUAAAACCCAGACACAGAUACUGUCUCCUACUGGCCACAAUGCAGUACCACAUAACAAGUACACAGUAUACUCCUCUCCUACUGGCCACACUGCCAUACUACUAUACCCAGACACAGUAUCGUCUCCUCCUGGCCACACUCAGUACUACUAUAACCUCAGACACAGUAUACUGUCCUCCUACUGGCCAAACUCUGCAGUACCACUAGAAAACCAGACACAGUAUACUCCUCUACUGGCCCACACUGCGGUACUACUAUAACCCAGACACAGUAUACUGUCUCCUACUCUACUGGCCACACUGCAGUACUACUAUAACCCAGACACAGUAUACUGUCUCCUACUGGCCACACUGCAGUACUACUAUAACCCAGACACAGUAUACUGUCUCCUACUGGCCACACUGCAGUACUACUAUAACCCAGACACAGUAUACUGUCUCCUACUGGCCACACUGCAGUACUGCUAUAACCCAGACACAGUAUACUGUCUCCUACUGGCCACACUGCAGUAACCCACUUAACCCAGAACCAGUAUACUGUCUCUCCUACUGGCACACUGCAGCCCUAAUAACCGACACUAUACUGUCUCCUACUGGCCACACUGCAGUCCACUAUAUACCCAGACAACAGAUACUGUCCUCCUACUGGCCACACUGCAGUACUACUAUAACCCAGACACAGUAUACUGUCUCCUACUGGCCACACUGCAGUACUACUAUAACCCAGACACAGUAUACUGUCUCCUACCUGUCCACACGCGGUACUACUUAAGACCCACUACACAGUAUACUGUGCUCCUACUUGCCACACUGCAUACAUUAACCCAACACAGUAACUGUCUCCUACUGGCCACACUGCAGUACACUAUAAAACCGCAGACACAGUAUACUGUCUCCCUACUGGCCACACCUGCGUACUACUAUAAACCCAGACCCAUUAUACGUCUCCUGUGCCACUGCAGACAUAAUAUCACAGACACAGUAUACUGUCUCCUCCUACUGCCCACACUGCAGACAGAUAACCAGAACACAGUAUACUGUCUCCUACUGGCCACACUGCAGUACUACUAUAACCCAGACACAGUAUACUGUCUCCUACUGGCCACACUGCAGACAUAUAACCCAGACACAGUAUACUGUCUCCUACUGGCCACACUGCAGUACUACUAUAACCCAGACACAGUAUACUGUCUCCUACUGGCCCAACCUGCCGACAUAUAACUCCUCAGACCAUUAUAAACCUUGUUCUCCUACUGGCCACACUGCGACAUCUAACCCAGAACAGUAUAACUGUCUCCUACUGGCCACACGCUCUACUACUAUAACCCGACCCGUAUACGGUUCUUACUCUUACUGGCCCACACUGGAGACAUAUAACCCAACACAGCAUACUGUCUCCUACUGGCCACACUGCAGUACUACUAUAACCCAGACACAGUAUACUGUCUCCUACUGGCCACACUGCAGUACCACUAUAACCAACCCAGACACAGUAAUUGUCUCCCUCCCUACUUGGCCAACACUGCAGACAUAUAACCCCCCGAACAGUAUACUGUCCUCCUACUGGCCACACUGCGGUACUACUAUAACCCAGACACAGUAUACUGUCUCUACUGGCCACACUGGAGACAUAUAACCCAGACACAGUAUACUGUCUCCUACUGGCCACACUGGAGACAUAUAACCCAGACACAGUAUAUUGUCUCCUACUGGCCACACUGCAGUACCACUAUAACCCAGACACAGUAUACUGUCUCCUACUGGCCACACUGCAGUACUACUAUAACCCAGACACAGUAUACUGUCUCCUACUGGCCACACUGCAGUACUAAACUAUAACCCGACCAGUAAUACUGUCCUCCUACUGGGCCCACCUGCAGCACCACUAUACCCGACACAUAUACUGUCUCCUACUGGCCACACUGCAGACAUAUAACCCAGACACAGUAUACUGUCUCCUACUGGCCACACUGCGGUACUACUAUAACCCAGACACAGUAUACUGUCUCUUACUGGCCACACUGGAGACAUAUAACCCAGACACAGUAUACUGUCUCCCUCCUGUGCACACUGGGACUAUAACCCAGACACAGUAUACUGGUCUCCUACUGGCCACACUGCAGUACCACUAUAACCCAGACACAGUAUACUGUCUCCUACUGGCCACACUGCAGUACUACUAUAACCCAGACACAGUAUACUGUCUCCUACUGGCCACACUGCAGUACUACUAUAACCCAGACACAGUAUACUGUCUCCUACUGCCACACUGCAGUACCACUAUACCCAUAACACAGUAUACGGUCUCCUACUGUCCACACUGCAGUACUAUAUAACCCAGACACGUUUACUGUCUCCCUAACUGGCCACCUGCAGACUAUAACCCAGACACAGUAUACUUGUUCUCCUACCUGGGCCACACUGCAGUACCACUAUAACCCAGACACAGUAUACUGCCCCCUACUGGCCACACUGCAGUACCACUAUAACCCAGACACAGUAUACUGUCUCCUACUGGCCACACUGCAGUACCACUAAUACCCCAGACACAGUAUAUACUGUCUCCUACUGGCCACACUGCAGACAUAUAACCCAGACACAGUAUACUGUCUCCUACUGGCCACACUGCAGUACUACUAUAACCCAGACACAGUAUACUGUCUCCUACUGCCACACUGCAGACAUAUAACCCAGACACAGUAUACUGUCUCCUACUGCCAACUGCGGUACUACUAUAACCCAGACACUUUAUCUGUCUCCUACGGGCCACACUGCAGUACUCUAUAACCCAGCACAGUUACUGUCCUCCUACUCACACUGCCGUACCGACUAUAACCCCGACAGCAGUAUCUGUCCUCCACUGGCCACACUGAAGUACCACUAUAACCCAGACCAGUAACUUGUCUCCUACUGGCCACCCUGCAGUCCACAUAACCCAGACACAGUAUACUGUCUCCUACUGGCCACACUGCAGUACCACUAUAACCCAGACACAGUAUACUGUCUCCUACUGGCCACACUGCAGUACUGCUAUAACCCAGACACAGUAUACUGUCUCCUACUGGCCACACUGCGGUCCACUAUAAACCGCAACACAGUAUACUGUCUCCUACUGUCCCAACUGCAGACUAUAACCCAGACACCGGAUACUGUCUCCUACUGGCCACAGCUGCAUUACUUACUAUAUACCCAGAACCAGUAUACUGUCUGCCUACUGGCCACACUGCAGUACUUCUAUAUAAACCCCAGACACAGUUACUGUUUCCUACUGGCCACCUGCGUACUACUAUAACCCAGACACAUUAUAACUGUCUCCACUGCCACACUGCAGACAUAUAACCAAAAACGAACACAGUAUACUGUCUCCCUACUGCCACACGCAGUACUACGUAUACCCAACACAGUAUACUGGUCUCUACUGGCCACACUGCGGUACUUCCAUUAACUGCCAGCCACCAUUUUAAAGACGGAGCCUAUACCAAACCAUUGCUCUUUCAUAUACUAAAGUCCAAGAGUUAAAAGAAUCUUAAUUUUGUUGUUUACUAUUUCCCCUCCCCUCCCCCUCCCCUCCCACCCUCCCUUCCCUCCCUCCCGCCCUCCCUCCCCUCCCCCUCCCCUACCUCCCUCCCUCCCCCUGAAAAAACCUCCCUCCUCCCUCCCUCCCUCCCUCCCUCCCUCCCUCCCUCCUCCCUCCCCUCCCUCCCUUCCCUCCCUCCCUCCCUCCCUGCCCCUCCCCUCCCUCCCUUACUCCCUCCCUCCCCCUCCCCUCCCCUCCCCCUCCCCCCUCCCUACCCCUCCCUCCCUCCCUCCCCUUCCUCCCUCCUCCCUCCCCUCCCCCUCCCCUUCACCUCCCCUCCCCUCCCUCCCUCCCUCCUCCCCUAGCCCCAGGAGCUGACUGACAUCCUAGAUAUCAGUAAUCUAGUGUUCACCAGUCUCUUUAGUCUGGAGAUGCUGCUGAAGCUGCUGGCCUUUGGACUCUUCGGCUAUAUCAACAACCCAUACAACAGUUUUGACAGCGUCAUCGUCAUCAUCAGGUGUGUGAUUCUGUGUUUUCGGGAAAUAUUUGAAUGUAGCAUGCACCAAACAUUUUCCAGGAUUUAAUGCUUGGUGCUCAACUAGCUGUAUCUUGCGGCUCGAUACUAAACUAGCUGUAUCUUGCUGCUCGAUGCUAAUCUAGCUGUAUCUUGCUGCUCGAUGCUAAUCUAGCUGUAUCUUGCUGCUCGAUGCUAAACUAGCUGUAAUCUGUGCUGCUCGACGCUAAACUAGCUGUAUCUGCUGCUCGAUGCUAAACUAGCUGUAUCUUGCUGCUCGAUGCUAAACUAGCUGUAUCUUGCUGCUCGAUGCUAAACUAGCUGUAUCUUGCUGCUCGAUGCUAAACUAGCUGUAUCUUGCUGCUCGAUGCUAAACUAGCUAUAAUUUGGUGCUUGAUACUAAGCUCGCUAUAACUUCCUGUUCGAUUGCUAAGCUCGCUAUAACUUCCUGUUCAAUUGCUAAGCUAGCUAUAACUUACCGCUCGAUGCUAACCCAUAAGGAAAAAUAAUAUAUUGAUAUACAUAUUGAUAAAAAUACAAAUGUAAAAUACAGAUAUCUAAAUAUAAACUAUAUAUACAAAAGUAUGUGGAUAACCCUUCAAAUUAGUGGAUUCGGCUAUAUCAGCCACACCCGUUGCUGACAAGCUUAUAAAAUCGAGCACCGCCGCCAUGCAAUCUCCAUAGACAAACAUUUACAGUAGAAUGGCCCAUACUGAAGAGCUUAGUGACUUUCAGCGUGGCACCGUCAUAGGAUGCCCUGAUAGAGCUGCCCCGGGUCAACUGUAAGGGCUGUUAUUGUGAAGUGGAAACGUCUAGGAUCAACAACGGCUCAGCCUUGAAGUGGUAGGCCACACCAAGCUCACAGAACGGCACCGCCGAGUGCUGAAGUGGUAGGCCACACCAAGCUCACAGAACGGGACCGCCGAGUGCUGAAGUGGUAGGCCACACCAAGCUCACAGAACGGCACCGCCGAGUGCUGAAGUGGUAGGCCACACCAAGCUCACAGAACGGCACCGCCGAGUGCUGAAGUGGUAGGCCACACAAGCUCACAGAACGGCACCGCCGAGUGCUGAAGCGGUAGGCCACACCAAGCUCACAGAACGGCACCGCCGAGUGCUGAAGCGGUAGGCCACACCAAGCUCACAGAACGGGACCGCCGAGUGCUGAAGUGGUAGGCCACACCAAGCUGACAGAACGGCACCGCCGAGUGCUGAAGUGGUAGGCCACACCAAGCUCACAGAACGGGACCGCCGAGUGCUGAAGCGGUAGGCCACACCAAGCUGACAGAACGGCACCGCCGAAUGCUGAAGCGGUAGGCCACACCAAGCUGACAGAACGGCACCGCCGAGUGCUGAAGUGGUAGGCCACACCAAGCCCACAGAACGGCACCGCCGAGUGCUGAAGCGUAGGCCACACCAAGCCCACAGAACGGCACCGCCGAGUGCUGAAGUGGUAGGCCACACCAAGCUCACAGAACGGCACCGCCGAGUGCUGAAGCGGUAGGCCACACCAAGCCCACAGAACGGCACAGCCGAGUGCUGAAGUGGUAGGCCACACCAAGCUCACAGAACGGCACCGCCGAGUGCUGAAGCGGUAGGCCACACCAAGCCCACAGAACGGCACCGCCGAGUGCUGAAGCGGUAGGCCACACCAAGCUCACAGAACGGGACCGCCGAGUGCUGAAGUGGUAGGCCACACCAAGCCCACAGAACGGCACCGCCGAGUGCUGAAGUGGUAGGCCACACCAAGCUCACAGAACGGCACCGCCUAGUGCUGAAGCGGUAGGCCACACCAAGCUGACAGAACGGCACCGCCGAGUGCUGAAGUGGUAGGCCACACCAAGCUCACAGAACGGGACCGCCGAGUGCUGAAGCGGUAGGCCACACCAAGCUGACAGAAUGGCACCGCCGAGUGCUGAAGCGGUAGGCCACACCAAGCUGACAGAACGGCACCGCAGAGUGCUGAAGUGGUAGGCCACACCAAGCCCACAGAACGGCACCGCCGAGUGCUGAAGCGGUAGGCCACACCAAGCCCACAGAACGGCACCGCCGAGUGCUGAAGCGGUAGGCCACACCAAGCUCACAGAACGGCACCGCCGAGUGCUGAAGCGGUAGGCCACACCAAGCCCACAGAACGGCACCGCCGAGUGCUGAAGUGGUAGGCCACACCAAGCUCACAGAACGGCACCGCCGAGUGCUGAAGCGGUAGGCCACACCAAGCUCACAGAACGGCACCGCCGAGUGCUGAAGCGGUAGGCCACACCAAGCUGACAGAACGGCACCGCCGAGUGCUGAAGUGGUAGGCCACACCAAGCUCACAGAACGGGACCGCCGAGUGCUGAAGCGGUAGGCCACACCAAGCUGACAGAACGGCACCGCCGAGUGCUGAAGCGGUAGGCCACACCAAGCUGACAGAACGGCACCGCAGAGUGCUGAAGUGGUAGGCCACACCAAGCCCACAGAACGGCACCGCCGAGUGCUGAAGCGGUAGGCCACACCAAGCCCACAGAACGGCACCGCCGAGUGCUGAAGCGGUAGGCCACACCAAGCUCACAGAACGGCACCGCCGAGUGCUGAAGUGGUAGGCCACACCAAGCCCACAGAACGGCACCGCCGAGUGCUGAAGCAUAGCGUAGCGCGUCAAGAUCGUCUGUCCUUGGUUGCAACACUCUGGAAGUAACGUCAGCACAGUAACUGUUUGGUCGGGAGCUUCAUGAAAUGGGUUUCCAUGGCAGAGCAGCUGCACACAAGCCUAAGAUCACCAUGAGCAAUGCCAAGCGUCGGCUGGAGUGGUGUAAAACUCGCCCGCCGUUGGACUCAUUCUCUGGAGUGAUGAAUCACGCUUCACCAUCUGGCAGUCUGACGGACUAAUCUGGGUUUGGCGGAUGCCAGGAGAACGCUACCUGCCCCCAAUGCAUAGAGCCAGCUGUAAAGUUUGGUGGAGGAGGAAUAAUGGUCUGGGGCUGUUUUUCAUUGUUCGGGCUAGGCCCAUUAGUUCCAGUGAAGGGAAAUCUUAACGCUACAGCAUACAAUGACAUUCUAGACGAUUCUGUGCUUCCAAACUUUGUGGCAAACAGUUUGGGGAAGGACCUUUCCUGUUUCAGCAUGACAAUGCCCCCCGUGCACAACGCGAGGUCCAUACAGAAAUGGUUUGUCGAGACCCGGUGUGUGGAAGAACUUGACUAGCCUGCACAGAGCCCUGACCUCAACCCCAGUGGAAUAACUACACUGGCACAAUAGAACGCUGUGCUAUACUUUGAAAAGUCUGAACGAAUGACUGACGACUGACCAAAUAGCCAUGACGCUUUCUGUGUUUCUCUCACAAAGUGUUUGGGAGAUCGUUGGGCAGGUCGGACGGCGGUCUGUCAGUAAUGUGUGUGUGUUGUGUCCUAGUGUUUGGGAGAUCGUUGGGCAGGUCGGACGGUGGUCUGUCAGUAAUGUGUGUGUGUUGUGUCCUAGUGUUUGGGAGAUCGUUGGGCAGGUCGGACGGCGGUCUGUCAGUAAUGUGUGUGUGUUGUGUCCUAGUGUUUGGGAGAUCGUUGGGCAGGUCGGACGGCGGUCUGUCAGUAAUGUGUGUGUGUUGUGUCCUAGUGUUUGGGAGAUCGUUGGGCAGGUCGGACGGCGGUCCUGUCAGUAAUGUGUGUGUGUUGUGUCCUAGUGUUUGGGAGAUCGUUGGGCAGGUCGGACGGCGGUCUGUCAGUAAUGUGUGUGUGUUGUGUCCUAGUGUUUGGGAGAUCGUUGGGCAGGUCGGACGGCGGUCUGUCAGUAAUGUGUGUGUGUUGUGUCCUAGUGUUUGGGAGAUCGUUGGGCAGGCGGACGGCGGUCUGUCAGUAAUGUGUGUGUGUUGUGUCCUAGUGUUUGGGAGAUCGUUGGGCAGGUCGGACGGCGGUCUGUCAGUAAUGUGUGUGUGUUGUGUCCUAGUGUUUGGGAGAUCGUUGGGCAGGUCGGACGGCGGUCUGUCAGUAAUGUGUGUGUGUUGUGUCCUAGUGUUUGGGAGAUCGUUGGGCAGGUCGGACGGCGGUCUGUCAGUAAUGUGUGUGUGUUGUGUCCUAGUGUUUGGGAGAUCGUUGGGCAGGCAGACGGCGGUCUGUCGGUCCUGCGUACCUUCCGUCUCCUACGGGUCCUAAAGCUGGUCAGGUUCCUGCCCGCCCUGCGCAGACAGCUGGUGGUUCUGAUGAAGACCAUGGACAACGUAGCCACCUUCUGCAUGCUCCUCAUGCUGUUCAUCUUCAUCUUCAGGUAUGUAGAUACCUUCUGA